CUGACGGUGCCGGUCAUCGCCGCCUGGGCGCUCACUCUCAUCUGCAACGACUCGCUGUUUGGAAUGUAUUUCUCUCGCCUGAUGGUUGGUUUCACGAUGGGGGUAGCGUCGAUUGUGGUGCCGAUAUACACGGAGGAGAUCUCAGAGGUGCGUGUGCGCGGCGCGCUGUGCGUGUGGGCGCGGGCGCUGCGGCACGCGGGGCUGGCGCUGGCCGUGGCGCUGGGCGUGGCCCUGCCCUUCCCGCACACCACGCUGCUGCCGUGCUUCGUGCCGCUCGCCCUGCUCGUGCUGCUGCCAGGCGUGCCCGAGUCGCCCGCCUUCCUCGUGCGCAAGGGCCUGCUGCGCGAGGCGCGCCUCGCCCUC